AUUCGAUGCAGCUCCAUCGUUGGCUGGGAACAUCAGGCCAACGACCAUGGAUUUCGGCGAUGGUUUUGGCAGUCCAUUUGACGUACCAGGGCCAAGCAUUCGGGAAAACCACCUACCAGGUACAGCUCCACCGCCUAUGUCUCCACCGUCAGCUUUUGAUGAGGGACGGAUGCUGAGAACAGAGGUUCAAAUGCCAUCCGUGUCUGGCACCUUGGGCCCCGUUCCGGUGCGCUUGUCCUCACAGGAUGAGUUUAGCACCAUGAGCGCAGAGAUCAAACGUACGUUCACGCUCUGGGUGCAGAAAGCUGAAAAGCAGCUGCAGGAGGAUCAUUCUGCCCUUCAGCGCGAACGCGAAGCGUUUGAGGAGGAGAAGGCACGGGUCUGGCAAGAGUUUGUUUCUCAGAAGCAGGCAGAGUAUGACCGCAUCAGAGACGACCGGCGACGGGCAGAAUUAGAAGUCCAAAACUCUGCACGACAGAUCCGACAAGAGCGUGAGGAAUCCAGGGCACGCCUAAAGCAAGAACGUGAGCAGAUCGAGAAGGAGGUGCUGCAGGGCCGCCGCCGCUUCCUUCUGGAGAGGGAGAAGUUCCGAAUGGAAUACGAGGCCGCCGAAAAAGAGCGACAACGGAUCUCUGAGCACAAUGUGGCCACAGAGACGAUGGUUGACAUCAACGUGGGUGGCGUUAUCUUUGAGGCCUCGAGACAUACCUUCACCCAGCAGCCGGGAAGUUUACUUGAAAGGCUGAUGACCGGGCGGCUGCAAGCUCAGCGCGAUCGAGAUGGCCGCAUUUUCCUGGACAGAGACUCCAGCCUUUUCAGAAGCAUACUAAACUUUCUGCGGGAUCCAAGUGCGCCGCCGCCCUCAAGGGAUGCCUCUGACUCUGAGGCCUUGUGCAAAGAGGCGGAGCACUUGGGCAUUCGCUUCUAUCCGUAUCCGCUGGUCUAUGCCAUCGGCGGUCAUGAUGGUGUGGACCAUCUCUCUGCAACCGAGGUCUUAGAUGUGGAGAACCAGUGCUGGCGGCCUUGCAAGCCGAUGCACACUGAGCGCACGUACUUUGGUGGAGAGGUGCUGUAUUCUCGCCUUUACCUGUAUGGCGGACAAAACUUGGAGUACAAGGCACUCUGUGAGACUGAGUGCUUCGACUGCUUGAGGGGAGCAUGGAUGCCAGGCCCCGACCUCAACGUGCCCCGACGCAGCUGUGCCUCUGCGCAGCUGGGCGGCCGGAUCUAUGCUCUAGGCGGUUUUGAUGGCACGCAGAUCCUCAGCCAUGUGGAGGCCUUUGAUCCGCGCAUGAAGAGCUGGAUGCCACUGGAGCACAUGACGGUUCCACGCUCCUCUGCUUCUGCAGCAGCCUUCAAUGGGCAGCUUUGGGUCUUGGGUGGUACCAGUGGCUCGCGCUUGCGAAGUGUUGAGAGGUAUGAUCCACGCGCUGGAAAGUGGGAGUCAGGUGCAGAUUUGAUAGAAGUCCGGUCUACUGCCCGUGCCUGUUGCUGCUUGGACCGGCUCUAUGCCUAUGGAGGAACGGAUCAGAAUCAACGAGUGCAUAGCAGUUUGGAGGCCUACAACCCAGAGGCAGGCUCUUGGAUUUUCCGCAAGUCCAUGCAAGUGCCAAGGAUGGAUUUCGGUAGCUGUGUACUGAGUGACUCUAUCAUGGCCAGUGGAGGACAGCACGGCGAGGUGCUAUCCUCCACAGAGUUUUAUCGACCUGAGCUAGAUGAUUGGCAGUUGGGACCGCCCAUGCUUUCACCAAGAUAUGGACACCAGCUAUUGCUGGUCAACCUGUGACGCGCACCGGGCACAAAGGCAUGGCCCCAGGCGCGAGAGCAGCGGAUUUGAGAUGGCGAAUUCGUCUUUGUUUCGCUAAUGACAAGCUUCUGAAGGAUGAAAAA